CCUUGCCAAAGAGAGCCAGCGCGUGAACGUAAGCGCCUCGGACCGAGGUACUGCUUCAACAUCUCGUAGCCUCGUCACCCACUGCGGAGUAUAUAUCCAGCAAAUGCCGUACCGCAGGCGUGGAAUUCCCGAAAUCCCCUUCUGCAUCAGUUCGCAAUAGGAAUACUCCGAACAACAUACCAUAUUGAACUGAAAGAAGCCAAAAUCAUGUCUAGCAAUGUGCUCCGCCACUCCACUCCAGAUGGAGUCACCACCCUUACCAUCAAUCGCCCACACCGCAAAAAUGCCAUUGACCCGGUAACAGCCAAGGCACUCUACGAGAGAAUUCGCGCAUUCGAAGACGAUCCCUCCCAAAAGGUAUGCAUCCUCGCAGGGGUGGGAAAUACCUUUUGCGCGGGGGCAGACCUCCAUCAAGUAACCAGCAGCACCACCGCCACCAGUGCAGACGCCCUGCCCAAAUACCAGCGCCAUUUUGGCGAGCCCCCCGCCUCAGGAGAGCCGUCAUUGGCACCCCUGGGACCGUCGCGCCUGCAGGUCAAGAAGCCCGUAAUUGGAGCGAUUGCGGGCUACGCGGUCGCUGGCGGGCUGGAGUUGAGUCUUCUCUGCGACAUGCGGGUCGUGGAAGAGGACACCGUGUUUGGCGUCUUCUGUCGAAGAUGGGGCAUCCCGCUGAUUGACGGCGGGACAGUCCGUUUGCAGGCGGUUGUUGGGAUGGGAAGGGCACUCGAUAUGAUUUUGACGGGGCGGGCUGUGGGGGCUAGAGAGGCGCUUGCUAUGGGGCUGGCGAGUCGUGUGGUGCCCAAGGGGAAGGCCCUCGAAGAGGCUACUGCGAUUGCAAGGCAGUUGGCUAGGUUCCCGCAACUUACCAUGAAUCAGGAUAGAGACUCGUGCUAUUACAGUGCGUAUCAGGCGAGCUCGUUGCAGGAUGCGCUGCGAUGGGAACAUGUUCAUGCCAUGCCGGUCUUGGAAGUGGAAAGUGUGAAGGGUGCUGCUAGGUUUAGUGGCGGCGAGGGAAGACAUGGGGUGUUCAAGGAACAUUCCAAGUUUUGAUUGUGGCUAGCUCCUAAAAUCCUGAUUUAUUCGAGUUACUUACUUCUGAUUCGCAUGAUAUAUGAUAUCUAUCGCGUGAUGACGCAGCGACCUGACCUCGGUUGAGACAGUCCAUCAACGACCGGGGUGCGUGUGGCGGGUGGUCACC